CCCGCCACUAGAAACCAAUCCCCAAAGCAAUGGCCUCCGUCGUCUCCCUCCGAACCCCAGCCCCGCCUCCUCCACCUCCUCGCCACUCCGCGCCUCCCGCCCGCGCAAAAGUGAUUCUCCGAUGCCGAGCGCGACCGAUUCCACCAUCGGGACACAACGCCCUUUCCGAUGAAAGAACCCGUUUUAGCUUCAGCGAACGAUCUGGAACCAAGAGGAGAGAAGCGUUGCUUCAGAUAUUUCUCUCUGCGAUCUCCUUCCCGUUUAUAGCUGACAAUGCUUCAGCUGAGACUGUAGAUCUGCAGCAGAGUUUUCGCAUGUAUGAGGAUGAGACGAAUAAGUUUCGAAUAUCGAUUCCCCAAGAUUGGUUACUUGGUGCAGGUGAAGCUAAUGGGAUUAAGUCAAUCACUGCAUUUUACCCUGAAGGAACUUCUGAUUCAAAUGUCAGCGUUGUGAUCACUGGGCUUGGUCCAGAUUUCACCAGAUUAGAAUCUUUUGGCACAGUAGAUGCCUUUGCAGAAACCCUGGUAAGUGGGUUGGAUCGAAGCUGGAAAAGACCCCCAGGGCUGGCAGCGAAACUAAUUAACUCUAAAGCAGCAAAUGGGCUGUAUUACAUUGAAUAUACGUUGCAAUUUCCUGGGGAGAGAUGCAGGCACAUACUGUCAGCCAUUGGAAUGGCAUCCAAUGGUUGGUACAAUAGACUGUAUACAGUUACAGGCCAGUUUAUGGAGGAUGAAUCAGAGAAGUACAGAUCCCAAAUUGAGAAGUCUGUUUCAUCAUUCAGAUUGAUAUGAGAAGGCAACAUAAACAACAAAAUGGCGACUGCAGUUUUUGUGCCGAAGAAAUGGAUGCAUCAUGUCUUUUUUCACUGGCAAAUGUUGCAAGCUUUUAGGCCUGAGUUCCAUUAUAAUCUUUUAUCCUCCUAGUUUUUCUGGGUAAUUUGGUUGGUUAAUAACAGCUUUUUCCUUCUCGUUCCAUUAUAAACGUUGAUCUUGUGGUUGUGGGCUGAUGUAUCUCAGUCAUCAAAACAAUAAAUAAUGCCAGGUUUGUGGAUAAUAUGUAAACAUGGAAUUGCUUGUAAAUA